AUGGAAUCUGGGUCAAAAUAUGUUUCUACAGCAUCUGUAGACCUUUUACAUCCCCCUGUACUGAAUAUACAGCAAGCAUUUGGGACGGACGGGAACUCAAUAACAGUGAAAUUGCUUUUAAGUGCUCAGCAAUAUGAAGCAUGGAUGAGUGUAGGAGAAGAGGAACAAAAGAAUAUAUUACUAGAUGGUCAGAUACGUGCUGAAACGUUGGUGUCUUCGAACACCUCUAGAAAAGUACUACUUUGUCAUUCAAGCCUAAAUAAUCUUUCGCAAGCAUUACCAGCUAUUGCUCAAGCUAUUAGAUCCUUCAAUGAAAACGAUAGCAAUCUGAUUUUCAGUUUUGCUUUUUCAAAUGUUUUACUUGGCUCAAAAACAUGGAUGAAUCAGCACUUAAUACCUCACCUUCAUUCCGUAUCUUCUUCCUCUCGUCUGUUAUUAAGCAGCUCUCUUUUACCUCGUUCAAUGGAACGCUCUGUUAUUCUCGAGACAUCUUUGCAAGAAUCGUCUACUGUCCUAGAAACUUUCUUAAAUGAGCUCUUGUCAAGAAGCCGUAUCAUUUCAGGUAUCAACGUUGUCCCUUAUAUUCCAGAUGCUGCUUAUGGUGUUUAUGGAUCACCUUCUUUAUUUGGUGUUUUGCAUCCCAACAGCACUAUGGUCACACCUGAGAAUCCGUACGGUGUAACCCCUUUAGCUCUCACUACAGCAGGAGGUAACUCUGAUCCUUUGCGAGCAUCUCAAUACUUUCCAUAUUCAGGGCCGUCUAUUCCAUUAAAUGCGGCCUCGACUCAAAUCAUCACACAGAAGUUGUCUGUACCAUCAGACGUCCUUGAAGCUGUGCUUUCUCAAAUCCCAACAAAACUCCAAGAAAUAUCUCAGUCAGCUAACGUCCAUGUUGGCAUUGAGCAUGGUGAUCCUCAAUCCAAUGUGACUUUACUGAAUGUUACAGGAACUUCCGAGUCGAACCAAACUGCUCUUAUGACAAUUUAUGCCCUUUUGGAAUCUCAAACAAAAAAAUAG